AGGAAACAGGCUAUGGUUGCAUGUGUGUGAGAAGGAAUAAGAGCAAGCGUAGUAGAAGAAGACGAGUUGUCACUGCCUUGAAGUGAGUAUGUCUCUAAGGGAUCCACCAUAUGCACCUCCUUCUGUCUCCGAGCUGCAGGCGUUUCUGCUGUCAGACAGAAAACCUACUGGACAUGUCAAUCAAGUCUGGCCAAACCUUUACAUAGGCAACGAGGCGGCGGCUCGUGACAAGGCCACGCUCCACAGUCUGGGCAUUACUCACAUUGUAAAUGCUGCUCACGGACCCCCCAUCCCGGGCCCCAGGCCCUGUUUCCACGUCAACACCGGCCCGCGCUUCUACAGAGACAUGACAGUGGAUUAUUAUGGGGUGGAGGCCGAUGAUGCUACAGAGUUUAUCCUCAGUCCUUUCUUCUACCCAACAGCACGAUACAUCCGAGCUGCGCUGGCCAUGGGAGGACGUGUGUUUGUCCACUGUCUGAUGGGUGUGAGCCGCUCUGCGACCUUGGUCCUGGCCUUCCUCAUGAUCGUCGAGGGCCUGAGCCUGCAGGAGGCCGUGGCUGCCGUCAGGCCGCACAGAGACAUCUGCCCCAACCCAGGCUUCCUGCAGCAGCUCCGCAGCCUCGACAUGAGCCUGGAGAGGGAGAGGAGGAGACAACGACAGGCCCAAACACUAGGUCAUUUAACCCAGGAGGAGGAAACACCAUCACUGACAGAGCUGAGGCAAAUCUUCUGGACGGACAGGAAGCCGGUGACACCUGUCAAUCAAGUCUGGCCGAACCUCUACAUCGGAGACGGGUCUGUGGCGCGAGAUAAAACCGCGCUAUCAUCUCUGGGUGUAACUCAUGUACUGAACGCUGCAGCAGGUCGACACAGGAUCCACACAGGUCAGCAGUUUUACAUUGACCUCGGGGUGGAGUACCAUGGUGUCGAAGCUGCAGACCAUCCAGAGUUUGACCUACGACCUUUCUUCAGGCCGGCUGCACAGUUCAUAGACAGCGCUCUCAAGAAAAAUGGGCGGGUGUUUGUCCACUGUGCCAUGGGUGUGAGCCGCUCCGGAGCACUGGUUCUGUCCUAUCUGAUGAUCUGCCAGGGCCUGUCAUUGGCUGAGGCCAUCGUCUCUGUGCGUCUGAACCGAGACAUUGGACCCAACUCUGGAUUUCUGGAGCAGCUGAGGCAGCUGGAGCUGAGCCUCCGUCCACAGACCAGUCAGAACCCACAGGCAGAUGAAACUGACAUGUCCUGAUCGUGACCACAUGAAACCGAUUUAUUGGAACCCAUAAAAAAAAUGUAAUAACAAAACUCAAUUGACAAAUAGAAAUGUCGUCCCUCUGUCUGGUAGCUUAUCUCCUCCCCAGAAAUAAAAUGUGAAAUACAACAA